AUGUCAACUUGUCAGCUCAACAUGGCCCACCUAUACCACGUUCAGCAGAGUAUAUCGGACAGUUCCCCGAAGAAACCGUCUAAUUGUGGCUCCGGCCUGGGCGAGGAUGUCAACACCUCAGUCUCUCUCAGCGGGCAGACCUCCCUGAAUGACGAGACGCCGGCGGCACCACAGGCUGGCAACCCAGGACCGGAGCAACACAAGAAAAAGGUCAUCGUGGUCGGCGCGGGCAUCGCGGGCCUGCGCGCGGCGUCCGUCCUCAUGCGUCACGGUAUCGACGUCGUCGUGCUCGAGGGCCGUGACCGCAUCGGCGGCCGCAUCUGUACCACCCGGACGGAGAAAGGCGUGCGCGACAUCGGUUAGUCUACAAAUGCCACAAUUUGUAGCUGACACUGAGCUGCAGACCUGCGUGGGUCUGUAUGAUUGGGCCCUUUGAAAGUAUUGAAACGAGCCAAAACGUCAUGAGUAGAAGGGCUGCUUCAUCACCUCCAGGGAACUUCUGUUUCCUCAUUUUUGCACUGCGCUUCGCUAACACAUGACAUGUUUGUCCUUUUGUAGGUGCCGCUUGGCUGCACGAAACUUCUCAGAACAAACUUGUAAAGCUCAUCUCGCGACUCAACAUUGAUUAUUACUAUGACGAUGGCUUGCCUCUCAUGUACACUGAGAAUGGGCGUGCCGGAACGCAAUUCAAAGCUAAAAAGGUGGCCGACGAGUUUGCAGAUUAUGCGGAGCAUUUCUACGAGAACUGCGCAGACGCACCCGAUCGCAGCGUUGCUGACUUUGUGAAUGAAUUCGUGCAGCAACAUGAGCUGAUCACCCCCGACGAGCGACUCUGGGCUCCUCAGGCCGUGAAAGAGGUCGAGCUCUGGAUAGGCAUCUCCACGGAGCUCGCAAGCUCCAAGCAUCUCAGUUAUUUCAUCACGGAACGAAAUCUGUACAUGAAAGGUGGAUACGAUGGAAUCGUGAAGUGGACGGCGGAACCCCUGCUUCAGAAGCCAGGUACCGUCCGCUUGAACCAUACCGUGGAUGGGAUCACCUGGAGUGAAGACGGAUCUACCUCCUGCAGGGUCGGGUACCAUGACUCGAACGGAACAACCUCCACCCUCGAAGCCGACGCUGUCGUCUCUACACUUCCCUUGGGAGUUCUCCGCCACGACCUCGUCUCCUUCACCCCACCUCUCCCGUCCGACCUCCAAAAUGGCAUCUCGCGCUUCAGCUACGGAGCCCUCGGAAAAGUCUUCUUCGAGUUCUCAGACGUCUUCUGGAGCAAAGACAACGAUCAAUUCAUGUUCUACCCUUCCCCCGACAUGCUCGACUCGGAAGACAUCCUGGGCUCUUCGGCCGGCAGUAGCUCCGCUAGCUCCACCGGCAGCAGCACUACCGACAACAUCCUCAACUACGCCACCGUGACCAUCAACCUCUGGAUCAUGACCGGCGCAAACGAACUCUGCGUCCAGAUCGCCGAACCCCUCACCCAACGCAUCGAAGCCAUGACCGACAAGAAGGCCAUCUAUAAGUUCUUCGAACCGCUCUUCAAACUCCUCCGUACCGAGCCGUACAAGACCCUUCCACAGCUCACGAACGUCGAAGUCACGGCCUGGACGCUGGAUCCCUUCGCGGGCUAUGGGUCGUACUCGGCCGACAAAGUCGGAGACGAACCGGAAAUGCUGAUGGCGGCCUUGGAGAACCACAAAGACUCCCGUCUCCAGUUUGCAGGCGAGCACUGUACCAUGGUCGCGAAUGGAUGCGUCCACGGUGCCUUUGCCACCGGAGAAACGGCGGCAAAGAAUCUGCUGAAUACAUUCGGAGUCGAAUACGAUGGCGGGGAUAUCGUAAGUCUCAAUUAA